AUGUGGAGAAAGGACAUGGAAUAUUGCCCUCUACGAUCCUUCUCGGUCGCCCGGAGUUUAACGAAUGAUCAUCCGGAUGAUUUAAUUCACCGUUGCUACAUUUUGAGCGUUUGCAACAUGGUCUAUGACCAUGAAGACUCUGCCAGGACCAUCCAGGAACGGAACCUGUCCUGCAGCACUUGCAUCAACUUCUCAAUUGGCUUCAAAGUUCGAGAAUCGGACGUGGCUGAUGGUUAG